AUGUCGAAGCUAUCUCAACCUUGCUUAAAAGACCUCCAAUUCCGUGGUGUUGUUGAAGGUCUCACAUACAUCGACGAUAAGUCGAAACCGCUUUGUCACUUCUUCGGCGGUGUUCCGUUCGGACUUCCGCCAGUAGGACCGUUCCGCUUCCAGAAACCAAGAUCACUCCCAACAUGUUACCGCUACGGGACGAAAUCGAAUCCGGGAAGGUUUACUAGCAGUUGUGGGCUGUGUCCACAGAUCACUCGGCAAGGACUCGAUGAUCAGUUGUGGGAAGAAGACUGCUUGCAGAGUAACAUCUGGAUUCCGAUUGGAGAUCCGCCCAAAGGAGGAUGGCCAGUGUUAUUUUACAUACACGGUGGCUUUCUUCAAUUCGGCAACCCAAAUGACAUGGACAUGCGCGCCUUCCUCAGUGACUCGCCCACUCGAUGUAUCGUAGUCGCACCUGCCUAUCGAUUGAAUCUAUUCGGCUUCCUGUCAUCACCUGAGUUGCAUCAGGCUUGUUCUGAUUUUGAGGUCAACCUGGGCUUCUGGGACCAGCGUCUUGCGCUACAGUGGACCUUGGAGAACAUCAGUUACUUUGGCGGUAAUUCUUCCAACAUCACCAUAUCAGGAUAUUCAGCCGGCGCUCACUCUGUGUUCCAUCAGCUGGCUUAUGAUCUUGGUGUUCCGGAGAAGAAAGCUAUUGUGAAGAGAGCGUUGAUGCUUUCAAACGGACCAGGAUUGCAGCCAAAGAGUUUGCAAGAAUCGCAGGUGCAGUUCAAUGAGUUCCUCGAGGUCCUAAACAUCCCGAAAGAGUUGCGACCAUCCGAAAAGCUCGCCAAACUGCGCGCACUGUCUGCAAAAGCGCUCAUUGUAGCGAGCAAUAAGAUGAAGAUCCACCAAUUCCGCGCUGUUACAGACGGUGUUUUUGUCCGACACAAUCUUAUCAAGGAGUUUGAUAACGGCAAGUUUGCGCACCGUUUGAAGCAGCGCAAUGUGAAGAUCAUGAUGGGAGAGUGCUCGCAGGAACACUUCCUUUACGGAACUUGGAAACCACCACAGGCAGGGUUCGACAAUCUGUUCCGCCGCCUGGAGGCAGACUACCCCAAGGCAGCUGUGGAGGCACUCAUGAAGCACUGUUUUGCUGAUCACAAACUACCGAAGAGGUACAAGAGCUGGGGCGAUGCUUUCGGACACGUGUACGCUGAUGUGCAAAUCCACGCGCUUGAGCGAGGCAUGGCAGACGCUCUAGUUCGACACGGCGCUGGUGACCUGCUACACCGAUAUCGCAUAGAGUGGCGAGCAAAUUGCGUUGAUAAAAAGGUGCCAAAGAGGUAUGGCCCAACUCAUACGACGGAUCUACCGAUCUGGUUCUGGGGCAACGGCGACGACCUGACAGCAGAGGAGAAGAGAGUGGUCACUGAUUCGUUCCAGAAGCCAUUGGCUCAAUUCUUGAACGGUGAGAAGGUACAGUGGGGCACAAAAGAUAACAUGCAGAUUCGUACGCUCAAGGAAGAUGGAAACGUUGCCAUUGAGGAUGACGAGAGGCUUCAGGGGGGUCUGAAUCUUUGGAGUGCGUUGAGCAAAGUCGGUGCUCCUCGCCAGCCGCGGGAGUCGAAGUUGUGA